UCAAUAAAUACUCACUGCCGACUAAAGCCCUAAACCCCUAAAACUUGAUCGCUUCCGGUGCUUUACUCUCACAUUGAAAGCUUGAAAGAACUUCAAUUUCCUUUGUUUUCAUGAAAUUGAGGGGAGCAUAGGAACAUUCCCCCAGCUCACUAUUGAAGAAAAAGAUGGCAAACCCUAAAGUUUUCUUCGACAUCCUAAUUGGAAAAGCCAAGGCUGGACGCAUCACGAUGGAAUUAUUCGCAGACGUCGUUCCAAAAACCGCAGAAAACUUCCGUUGCCUAUGCACCGGAGAAAAAGGAAUCGGGCAUGCAGGGAAACGACUUCACUACAAAGGCUCCGCUUUCCAUCGCAUAAUCCCAAGCUUCAUGUGUCAAGGCGGCGAUUUCACUAGAGGCAAUGGAACUGGCGGUGAAUCAAUCUAUGGAGCGAAAUUUGAGGAUGAGAACUUCAAGAAGAAGCACACUGGUCCUGGAGUUCUUUCGAUGGCCAAUGCUGGGCCUAACACGAACGGAUCACAAUUUUUUAUUUGCACCGAGAGGACAUCGUGGCUUGAUGGGAAGCAUGUUGUUUUCGGACAGGUUGUUGAUGGAUAUAAUGUUGUGGAGGAGAUGGAGAAGCAGGGGUCUCAGAGUGGGAAGACUUCGUCGCCGGUUGUGAUUGAAGACUGUGGGGAGGUGAAAGGGAAUUGAGACGUGACCGGUUGUGAUUGAAGACUGUGGGGAGGUGAAAGGGAAUUGAGACGUGAGGUAGCUGAGGGGUUAAGGUUUGUGAAUUUUGUUUGGCUUCAUUAUGUCAGCGUGGAUGGGGUACUGUCACAUUUAGAUCUUAUAUGGUUUGCAAACAAAGAUUUGGAUACUUUCUUUAAUCGUAAGACUUUCUCAAGCUGUUUAUUUAGAUCUUAUAUG